AUGGCGUCCACCACCACCCUCACGUCCACCACGGAUACCCCGAAGCUCGCGAAGAAGGGCAGCGACUCGAAGAAUCCGACGACACCGGCUCAGACCGUAUUUGGAUGUCGUGUGUAGCUCCAGCACGAAGAAUCGAGGGCAAACCAGGCUAAUGGGGCUGCAGCGCAUAUCAAGGGCCUUCUACAGAACGCGCGGCAACAGGCGGUCGAUGGGUACACCAAGCUUAUCAAUUCGCUACGUCAAGAGAAAGGUAUCACGAGCAGAAUACACAAGACGCCGAAUGGGCCGGCAUAUACACUCUCAACGACGUAUUUGUGCUUGCAAUGCCCGAAUGUCAGCAUCUCGAGGGAAAGGCACCACAAAAACCAUGGUUUCUGUGAGUACAUGCAGGCUCAUUAUAGGCUGGAUACUGACUGCGGAGGAUAGCUGUUGAGUCAGAUAAUGGCUUUGUCUUCUGCCACGAAUGCAGAGACUUCGUGUACGAUCCCACCUUUGAAGAGAUUCGGGCGGGCAACAGCAAGAAGAGGAAGCACCGGCCAGAGAAGAUACAAGAGGCGGACAAGAAGCUGAUGGCGACCAACUCUUCUGUGACGUCGUGCUCCGCGACAGGUUUACGAGGUCUUUACAAUAUGGGUCAGACGUGCUUCAUGUCGGUCAUCUUGCAGUCCCUCAUCCACAACCCCAUCAUCCGGGCGUGGUACCUCCAGGAAGGCCAUAAAUCCGGCGACUGCGGCCGCGAGGCCUGUACGUCCUGCGCCCUCGACGAGACAUUUAACGAAUUCUAUGGGCAAGAGAAGCAUGAAGGGUAUGGUGCUGUGCAUAUGCUGCAAGCCUGCUGGAAAGGCGGAGGUGGCUUGGCGGGAUACAGUCAGCAGGACGCACAUGAGUUUUUGAACUUCUUCCUCAACAGCCUACAUGAGGCGAAUGCGGAAGACGAUGACAAGAAGGACACGAAAGAUUGCGAAUGCAUCAUACACCAGACUUUUGGCGGCUUCUACAGCAGUACCGUCACCUGCUCGACGUGCAAUAACAGCACGACAACGACAGAGCUGUUCAUGGACCUGAGCUUAGAUAUCAAGACUACUGGCUUUGUGACGAAGAAGAAGAAAUUGCCCAUGACGAACGGUGUACAGACCAUCAAGGAGGCCGUCCCGAUGGAUCUGGAAGAAUGUCUGGGCCGUUUCACGUCUACGGAGACUUUGCCGAGUGACAGCUACCGCUGCUGGAAGUGCGAUGCAGAUCGAGAAGCUAAGAAGAAGAUCAGUCUUACAAGCCUACCGCCGGUGGUCCCGAUACACCUCAAACGCUUCUCGCACUCCAAGACCGAUUCUAAGAGUAGCAAAGUCGACACCAGGAUUCGGUUUCCCUUCACAAUGGAUCUGGCACCUUAUGUUGCAUUAUCAUCAUCCUCACAGAAAUCUGGACAGUCGGAUAAUGCCAACGGCGACACCAAUCUGAACGAGAGGAAGGGGGGACCCGAAGAAGCCAUCUAUGAGCUUUCUUCCGUGAUUGUGCACAAAGGCAAGAUUGACAAUGGACAUUACAUCUCUUAUGCUAAGCAAGGAGGGGCAUGGUUUCGGUUCGAUGAUAGCAUGGUGGUGCAAGUCGAAGAGAAGGAUGUACUAGGCGCGGAGGCUUAUAUGUUGUUCUAUGUGGUGAGGGAGUUUUGA